AUGUGUGCAAUGCACCUGGCGGGCGCAAUGCAUCGUUUGUUGGAGAAGACAAAAGAGGAGAGUUUGUGGAAAGGAGAGAAAGAGGACGCGCUGCGACAGAUGCGUCGCGCUCAGAAAGUUGAACUCGAUUCGCGAAAGCUAUGGCUACACGAAAGUUCCCAAAGGCAUGUGGACAAGAGCGGAAAACUAGGUGGAGACCCACGCAUGUUAUCCAGCAAGAAUUCUGAACAGGACACCGUGGAUUCUUGGGAAACGUCCUCUCACAUGAAAUACCAGCGAAUGAUCGCGGGGAAGUAG